CCUUUUUAUCUCUUUGGGUUUUUGUUGUAUAUAUAUCUAUAGGAUACUAAGUUAUCAUGUGCUGAGGCGAACUUGUGGUUAGGCUAGCAGUCGAGUAAGUUUGUAGUUAUUAUUCUCUCAAAAAUGAUGAGUACCAAUUUGAUCAUUAAUGCUGCAACCAAUGGAGAUAUUGACGCCUUAUAUGAACUGAUAGCUGAAGAUCCUCAUGCUCUGGACUAUUCUGAUUCACAACCUUGCGUUCUUACUCCUUUGCAUAUAGCUGUAGCAGAGGGGAAUACCAAUUUUGCCUUAGAGAUCAUGAAGCUUUACCCAUCUCUUUCCAAGAAGCUAGACCCAAGUGGGUGGUGCCCCUUCCACGUUGCGUUGCUAAAUAACCAGAUCGCGACUGUGUUUCGGCUACUAGAGACGGAGCCAGACCUUGUCCGUCUCAAAGGAAGGGAGGGUCUCACUUCACUGCACCUUGCAGUUGGAUCGCUUGACGGGAUUAAGCAUAACCUCUUGCGUGAAUUUCUAGCGGUUAGCCCUCUUUCCAUCACCGACACCACCAAUCGGGGCCAAACGGCUUUGCACAUCGCUGUCAACAACGGAAAUACCGAAGCUUUAAAGGUUUUAUUGUCGUUUCUUCGAAGGUCAAUGUAUAGAAACGCACUAUACUGGGAACACAAAGUCCUCAAUUGGAAGGACGAAAAUGGUGAAACUGUAUUGCAUGUGGCAGUGAAGAAAAAUGAUAUUGAGGCUGUGAAACUGUUACUAAAUUGUAACAUCAAAGUGAAUGCAAGAAACCUACAUUCUUACACAGCUGUGGACAUUGCUAUAGAAAAUAAUAAUUCAGAGGUGUUAAAUGUUUUAAACAAAGUAGGGGCCAAAGAUGGUAUUUUAAUUGAGGAGAUGAAGCAAUUAACUUUGGAAGCAAAGCCUACGCUUCUCGAUAAUGUGAUACGGUUCGUAAAAGGCCAGAAAAUAGAUAUCUCUAGCGAAACACGUGAUGCUUUGCUAGUGGUGGCUGCACUGGUUGCAACAGCCACUUUCCAAGCGGUUCUCAGCCCGCCGGGUGGGCUUCGACAGGCUGACAGUAGUGACAAUGAUUCACUUCCGUUCAGCAAGGUGGGGAAGGUGGUGAUGAAAGAAUGGUUAUUCAUAAUUUUCUUGAUUCUUAAUGGUACUUCAUUUUGGGUGACAAUCAUAACCAUUUAUCUUUUACUCCCAACUGGGUUUUAUGGUCAGCUAUUGACUCUACCCUUAAUUCUCUUCUCUAUUACCUACUUGUUCUGCUCAACAAUCAUAUCACCAAGCCUCGUUUGUGCCAUUGUUAAUUUCAGCUUUUUCAUAUUUUGUGUGGCAUUAUUAAGUUUAGGUGUUGUGCUUGUAUCCAAUCGUUCAUUGUUGUCCUACAUCAAGAAAUUAUGGCCCCGUUGCAGAUAGGAUGAUUUACUUGCAGAUUUGGAGUUUGUUGCAUGGAACCUCCUCAUCACUUGUUUUGUGUUGUGUUACUAUGUCUAUGACAUAACCUUGAAAUUCUAUUGCUAAUCGUUGAAUAAUGUAUUGUAAUUGAAGUUUGUAUUCAAUGACUGUGAUGGGAAUGGAUGAAUUUAAGAAAUUGUUGGCAUA